UUUAAGUUACUGGGCUUGGAUUUUUUGUUUCGUUUUUUUUUAUUACAAUUUUGUUUGUUUGAUUUAUUGUAUUGAAUUAAUUGUGUUUAGCUUGUGUAGUUUUUAUUGAUCCAACCUCAAUGUGCUUACUCUAAGUGUUGUUUAUAACGCAAAAGCACCUUAAAUUGCAAUUUUUGUAUCAAGAUAUAUUGGUUUACCAUCAAAGACAACAAUAUAAAUUAUACUAUUGUUUCAAGUGUGAACAAAAUUUAACAGAAAUCUCUUCAUUUCUAUUGUAGAUCUUGUUUGACUCUCUCCUUCUCCCUCUCGAUUUUUUAAUUUUGUUUUAUUCCUUCUUUUUUGGCUGGUCCAUUUGAGAAGUGAAAGGUUUAAAACAAAUGGAGAGGCCAUUUGAUAUCUGCUCUUUUGGUAUGAUCUUGCAAGGUGCUGAUGGACAUCAUCUUCAAGGAAAUGAUCCUACCAAUGGAAGUCUUCAACACAGGGACGCAGGACGCUAUGGAGGUCAACAUCAUUAUAAUCAAGUUGGCUCAGGUCCUGGGCAUCAGCCUGGUCCACAUCAGGGACAUCACGGUCCAAGUGGACAUGCAAGUCAGCCGGGUCCUCCUCCACCAGGACCACCGCCACAUACUGCUCCUGGUCCUACUGGACCUUAUAUGGAUAUAUUUGGUUACAAUAAUUUUGGACCUUUUUUCCCUAGUGCAACCCAAGCUGCCAAUACCACUGGUAAUGAUCAUUUCUGGUCUAAACAAGCUAUAGGACAACCUUUACCUGGUAAUCCGUACCUUUCAGUCCACGAUGAAGCCUCUUACUAUUCAAGGGACACCUAUGGUGAUUCAUUUAAUGCUGGUGUUCUCAAACAUGUUGAAACUGGUAUGGGUGCAUUGACCCUUGAUUAUAUAAAGACUGAUUUUACCGGCCAAACAGUUGGUGCACCUUCAUUUCAACAAGCUAACCCUGCACCUCAAUCAGUAGCAGUUACUCAAGCUGCUGUUCCUACAGCAAUGCCUGGUGCUGGUCACUCAGGAAUCGGCAAUUCAUUUGAUGUUGCUAAACGAUUGGACUCUAUUAACUUAACAUCUAAUAGUGUUGGACUCGGUGUAAAUCAAGGUUCUAGUAAUGUUGUUGGAUCAGCUAGUAAAAAGCCUUCUUGGGCUUCAGUAGCUUCUCAACCUGCUAAACCUGUACCUAAAUCAUUAAAAUCAAAAAUAUCCGGCUCAACAGUUCUAUCUUCGGGUAAACACAUGCCUCCUCCUACACCACCCACUAGUAUUGACAGUAUAGGUACAUGGGAGAGUAAAAAUGGUUCCUCAAUUGGUGUGAAAAAUAUUCCUGGGUCUGGUCCAGUAUCUGUGACUGGUCAUGGUCAACCUUCUGGAGUAGGGAGACACAGUGGUAGUUCAAGUAGUGUCAAUCCUGUCGGUGCGAUGAAUAGUAAUAGUGGACAAACUAAUCCACCAAUAGUUCUUGGUAACGGUUCAACCUCAUGGGGACCUUCCCAAGGGAAUAGAAAUGUGUCUAGAAGUGCAAAUGUAGCCAAUUCAGGGACUGGUUAUAUUCCAUCGUCCAAUUUAAAUUCAUCUGCAGUUCGACAAGCUUCCGGGCAAGUCGUUACUUCUGCAUCUAAUCAUCAUCACAGUGUGACAGGAGGUGGUGCUAUUCAAAACAAUCAUCAUUUUCAUCAAUCUUCUACUGGAAUGGGCCAAAACUUUCAAGCAAAUGAAGUAGGUUUAAGUGGUAGCGGUGUAGGUGCAGUACACCAUCAUCACCACCGAGAAAAUAACCGUUAUGGAGGGCAACAUCAACAUAAUCAUGUUGGCCCUGGUACACAUCCACAUCACAGCCAUGGUCAUCACCAUUCUUCCUCACACCAGCAUACUGGUUCUGGUGGUCAUAGUUCCAAUCAUCAUCAACAACAACAUCAUCUUGGGGGUCAUGGACACUCAAGUGGAACUAAUCAUCAUUACCAUGGUCAUCAUGGUCAACAAAGUCAUCAUCAUCAAGGACAUCAUGGUGCAUCAUCUAAUGCUGGUCCCCAAGGUUCGGCUAGCUCCGGUGGUAGUGGUGGAGGUGCUACCAGUAAUAGUUCUAUUGUUCCAUUGGAUAAUAAUGGACCAAGUUAUCCUUCACAUCCAAUUCUUGACAAGUUACGGCUUGAAAAUAACUACAACCCAAAAGAAUUUGACUUGUCCCCCAAGGAUGCGAGAUUUUUCAUUAUUAAAUCUUACAGUGAAGAUGAUAUCCAUCGCUCUAUUAAGUAUAGUAUUUGGUGCUCAACUGAACACGGUAAUAAGAGGUUGGACAAUGCAUUUAAAUCCCAAGAAGGCAAAGGUCCUAUGUAUUUAUUUUACUCUGUUAAUGGCAGUGGACAUUUCUGUGGUAUGGCUCAAAUGUUGUCUAUGGUUGAUUACAAUUCUAGCAGUAAUGUAUGGGCUCAGGACAAGUGGAAAGGACAGUUCAAAGUUAAAUGGAUUUAUGUCAAAGAUGUUCCUAAUGCUCAAUUAAGGCACAUAAGGCUAGAGAACAACGAGAACAAGCCUGUGACCAAUUCUAGAGACACUCAAGAAGUACCUUAUGCCCAAGGUAAAGCAGUACUCAAAAUCAUGCAUAAUUAUCGUCAUACAACUUCAAUUUUUGACGAUUUUUUGCAUUACGAAAAACGACAAGAGGAAGAAUAUCAGAGACGAGUUGCUGGUGACUCCUUGCCAAAUAACAACAGUUCCGGAAGUGUAUCAAGCAGUAAUGGCCACAACAACAGAGAAGAUAAUAAUAGAGGAAAUACUAGAGAACCUAGAGACAGAGAAAAUUCAAGAAAAAACAACAGAGAUAACAAUCGGGACAGCAACAAUAAAGAUAACAGUAGUUACCAUAAUUUAGCGAACUCAAGUGGACAUGCAUCUAACGCAAACUCUAGCAGUAAUAAAAAUCCAUCAAAUUUUUGGGAGUUGGAUGAUUAACAACAUCGAACAUUGCUCGAAAGUUUUAUUCCUUAUGAAAAUUGGUCUGCUUGAUAGUUUCUUGUGUAUUCCUUUAACUAUUUCUCCCAGUCUCUUUCACGCACUCUUUCUCAGUUUUCAAAUUCUAUCUCUUGAUUAUUUUUUUCCAUUUCUAUUCCUUUUCCUUCUUAUCCUUAGCCUUAAAUUUUUAGUGUUAUCUCUUUCUAUGCCUUUUUGUUUUUUUCUUAAGUCUCAAGUCUUCUCUUCAAAUUCAAGACAAUAAUCUAUUACCAAACAUCAACAAUAACAUCAACUGCUAGAGCAAAAACUUACCAGAACAAGUCUAAGCUGAUAUUGGUCACGCAAACAACCUGCCAAAAUGAACUUAUGAAUGAAAAACUUAAAAAUAAAAGCCCUCAAUUUGUUAUUUCAAUUCAUUGAUAAAGACGAUAUAAAGCUUCAAAGGAUCAACUCACUGCUACGGAAGCUUUUUCCAAAUGUUUUAAAAUCAUUCUGAUGAACGUUGGGCUAUAAAAUCUAAUCGUGGUUUUUGAAAGGCGACUUGUGGGCAUUUGAAAAAAUUUUCAUUUUUCCUCUCCAAUUCUCGCAAACACCAAUGUUUAACCGCAACCUGAAAAUAUUUAAGCUCUCUUUCUGUCUAUUCUUUUCUCGCUCUCUGUCUCUAUCUCUAUCUCUUUUCUCUUCUUUUCUUCCUAGCAACCUUAGAGUUACCAUUUAAAGUAAAAGAAAUCAAUUUUUGAGACUUCAAGCUAUGAGUGAUUAAAGAAAAGAAAGAAAAGAGAAAUAAAGAAUCACACACAAUAAUUCUGGUCAAUUUUUCUCUAAGAACCAUCUUUAAGCACAAAGAAGCAAAAAGAUAACGGAAACUUUUGACAUGUAAACAAUGAUCAACAUUUAAUUGAUUCUCAUAGAAACGUGUCGAUUAAUGUAUAUAAAAAGAUUUGACUUACAAAAUAACAGACAAAAAGAGACCACAAAGGUGUAAAUGUUAUUGAAUUCAAUUUAUUGAUUCAAUCAAUCACUAGCAACAAAGAUCGACACAAAAAAACAUAUUUGAUUACGGAAACUGAAAUAUGCUCUUUAUUAUGACCGUCUCAAACGAUUGGAAUCAAUUUACAUAAAUCAUCAAAACCAUCAGUGAGAAUCAAAUUCAGCUAUUCUCAGUUUGCAGUUUACCAAGAUAACACAAAAAUCAAUUAAAAGCCUUUAUUUUUGUUUUGCUUAA